UCCGUUUAUCGAUUGUUUCAAGAAAUUCGACCAUAAAAUGGUGACAAAGACCUCAUAUAAGACCCAUGAAAAAGAAAACAUUAUUGCAUGGAUCAAGAGUUGGAAAAGAACCAGAACACAUAGUAGCUAAGAAAUGGUAAGAUGGAAGCAGGUGAUCUUGUCAAAGUUAAGGCAGAACCAAUUAAUUUAGAUACUGAUGAACCUGAUUAUUUACCAAAUAAAGAUGAAAACAUUGGGAUACCUACAGAAAAAGAAGCAAUACAGCAACAAACAGAUGAGGAGGUGCUGCCAGUUCAGUCUUUAACUCCUCCUUACUAUACACAGAGCCACAUUGUAGGAGGAAAGUGGGAAAAGCCAAAAGAAAAGAAACAGUACAACUGUAAAACAUGCAAGUUUAAGUUUACCAGUAAAGCAUGGCUUAUCAAACAUGAAAAGAUGCACGAGAGAAUGGAGAACAAAGCUAAACUUUAUAAAUGUGAGAUUUGUAGGAAGGAAUUUUCUCAGAAGAUAAUCCAUCAUGACCAUAUGGCAGCCCAUGCAGGACGAAGACCCUAUGUAUGUGAUAGAUGUGGCAUGGACUUCACAUGGUACAGGGCAUUUUACAGACACCAACAAAGUCACAAGACAGGUGGCAAGGGAUUCUCCUGCCAUCUAUGUCGCAGAACAUUCAACAGUAAUUGGAACCUUUCUAGACAUCUCAAAGUAAUACAUUUGUCAAAACAAACUUUCAGAUGUGAUAUUUGUGAAGAACUGUUCGAAAAGAAAAACUUGUACCAAAUUCAUAUGAAAGCUCAUCAUAGAGAAGAAAAAAAGAAAAGGAAAAUCAUUGGUAUCGUGAAUGAAACGGUGAAGCAAAAGCAUUUAAAAUUUUCAAAAGCCGUUCGCGCUAUGAUGCAGUCACAGUCUCAGAAUAAUAGUAAGCAAGCAAAUAACCAAGGAAGUCUCGUGUCAUUCGGUGAUGAGAUUGCAGCCUCCGAACUGAUUGAAGAGAUCACAGAUAUCUCGAAAGUAGAAGACACAAAUGACACAAAAUGUAAUUCCUAUGACGAAGACAGUAGUGUGCAAGUUCUACAAAAGUUAAAUGAAGCUCCCAAAAUAGACGAUAACUCUGUUAAUAAAACUGAUGCCGAUUUGGAAGACAUCCAAGAUCAGGGUAUCAAAUAUAGUAUUGGAAAAACUAGCAAAAGUACCGCGAAAUCGUCAGUGAUAAGUAAUCUUAAGCUAAGUCAACAACCAUACGCAUGUGGUAUAUGUGGGAAACGUGUAUUCAAUUUGGAUGCUCACAUGAGAAUUCAUAGUGGGGACAAACCAUUCAGAUGUUGCCUGUGUGAUAAAGAUUUUGCACAGCGGGAAGCACUAAAAAUUCAUUACAGAAGCCAUACAGGUGAGAAACCAUUCAUCUGCAACACUUGCGGAAAAGGUUUUGCAACCCGUGGCCUUCAGCAGGAUCACGUUCGAUCUCACAGAGGCGACAAGCCCUAUCAAUGUGAUGCCUGUGACGCUAGAUUUUCUUGGAGGUGUGCUCUAAGCAGACACAAACAACUUCAUUCUACCGGACCAAAACCCCACGCAUGUUCUAUAUGUACUUUUGAAUGCUGGAGAAAACAUGAUCUCACAAAACACGAAAAGACGCAUUUGAAUGAUCGCUAUUAUAAAUGUGAUUUCAUUAACUGCACAGCUUUUUUCUCGAACAAGAAACACUUAGUUAAACACAAAAAGGAACAUAAGUGUUCUAACAUGGACAAGACAUCUCUUAACGGCAGAAUGAUCAGGAUGAAAACGGCUAAAGGUGCUGAUGACACUGACAAAUUUGAAUCGGAUGUUUUUCUCACUACUGACAUAGUUGAUAUAAAACAGGAACCAACUGAGGAGUUAGUGGAUGAUGAUCUCCAUAAUAUGUCAGUCCCAAGUACAGCUAGUAUGUAUAUAACCUCAAACGAAGGCCAAAUGGAGACACUGGUGACUCACAGAACAGAUCCUGAUUCCGGCAAGCUUCGCUAUACCAAAGGAAAACGAUUGCAUUUGGAUCGUGAUUUACAACUUUUGUUAAACAAGAAACUUAAUGAGAAGAAAACUGUCAAAUCUCGAAACACCAAAGAUGGGUUGUCUGGCAAAAAUUUAAAAUCAAAACUUGAAGGUGGAAUGCAUAAUGAACCUACCAGGCAAUCGUCAAAAAAUCUUGGAUUCGAAGGCUUAAAAAGGAAAAGCCAAGUGAACAUUUCAAUGGAUAACGUGGUUGAAAAUGAUGGUAAUCCUAUGAAAGGCUUUGAUAAAUUUAUGUCGAGCAGCAACAUGGUCUGUUGUGAAGUUUGUGGCAAAUCUUUGAACAUCUCCUACUACCACAUCCACGUGCGGAAACACAUGGAAGAGAUGGCUCAUACAUGUGAGAUAUGUAACAAGUCAUUUUCGCGGAAAACUGACCUAGUGGUACACUCUAGGGUCCAUACUAAUAUCAGACCGUUUAAAUGCACUAUUUGUCCAAAAGCUUUCAAAGUGAAAAGCUUAUUAGAGGAUCAUAUCAGAUCGCACGAUGGUAUAAAACCGUAUGUCUGUAGUCUAUGUGAUGCCUCGUUUGCAUGGAGAUGUGCACUUCAUCGUCACGUUAAGACACAUUCCAUAAAUAAACCAUUCCAGUGUGAUGUUUGCGGGAAAGAUUUCCGUCGUCGGAGGGAUUGGGUUUGUCACAUGGAAAAGAAAACCUGUAAAUUUGUGAAGUCAAUCAUCUAUAAAUGUAACGACUGUCAAGCUGUUUUUGCAAAUCUGGAAACAUUAGUGUAUCACAACGAGAAAUAUCACAAAGAAACAUCACUGACGACAGCGGAUAAACCUCCUGAAUCCCAGACGAUCUUAAACUCUUCAUCUGAUAAAUUGAAAGAAUUUUCAUCACCAGAACCAUAUAGUGAUGAUAUCGUGGAUGAAGAUACCUUACAAGAAGAAAACGACACAAUUGAUGAAUUAAAUGAAUCAAUCCAAGCAAGAGAAAAUGUAGCAACCUUCCAACAAACAAAUACCAGAAAAGAUGUAAACCCACCCAGUGAUUCCGUCUUGUUACCGAACAACAAAUAUGAUGAAACUUAUUCUGAAGAGGCAAGUGGAAAUAAAACGGAUAUAACGCUGAGUGAAAACUUAAACAGUUUCAUAAAGAAAGAAAGUAUCGAUAGCGAUUCAAUGUUUAUCUCGAGUGUUGUGAAUUCUGCCGACUUAAUGGAAGAUUCCCGCAGUCCUUCCAACACACACAAUGAUACUCAAACCAUUAGUCAACAAGAUCCAGAUCACGUUGAUAAAACAACGCUUCCCUCGUCAAACUUUAGCGAGUUUUCUUUUACCACUUGGACUGGUGAGGAUUUGCAAAUUAAGCAGUCCAAUGUGAAUGGAGCUUCUAAUGCUGGUGCUGUUGAAGACAAACUCAAAUGCAAAAUAUGCAGUAGAAGCUUCGUCUCUUCCAUAGGUCUAAAGGUUCACUUGCGAAUCCAUUCGAAAGACGCGAUGGACAUAUACGCUCUCCACUUUCGUCCAGAUGAGAUGAUGACAAAAUCAAAGAGGGAAAAGGAAGCUAGGAACUUAAGAUUCAAGUGCAAACUUUGUGAUAAGACUUUUCCGUUCGCUAGUGGUUUGAGGAUCCAUAUGAUGGCACAUUCUGGCAAACUUCCCUACAACUGUAAAACAUGUGGGAAGAGAUUUCCUUAUUUAGAAUCUGUGAAAUCCCACAUGCGUGUACAUACGGGUGAGCGACCUUUCACCUGUGAUGUAUGUGGAAAAUCUUUUGCAUAUCGGCACAACCAUGACGAUCAUUAUAGGACACAUACUGGUGACAAACCUUACAAAUGUGACCGUUGUGAUUCCGCAUUUACGUGGAAGAGUGCUUUACACAGGCACCACAAGACACAUAGUUUGGAGAGCUUGGAAGUGUGUACCAUAUGCAAGGCCAAAUUCAAGAACGGAGGACAACUUGUGCGACAUAUGAACAGGUUUCACAGCAGUCUUGUAUGAAAAAUAUGCAGCUAAAGAUUUAAAUGUAGGUACUAUAUAAACAUGUUUUGAUAUAAGUAAGGUGUAAAAGCUAAUGCUUAAUGUAUUCACGGUUAUUUGUAGAGAGGAAGGUGCGUACUUUUCAAGAAUUAAUGUCGUGGUUUAAUACGAUUUACUAUACCUUGUCAUAUCAAGUUUAUUUAUAUCUUUUGUGUCUUUUGUACAUUCCAUUGUCAGUUACACUUCCUAUCACGAGUCAUACAUGUUAAAAAAGUGUCGGAUGUGAGAUAUCUAAAGCAGAAUCGGAUAAAUGUCUCCAGUAUUUUCGAAAUACCGUUAUUAUUAUACCAGCAAACCAAGAUGAACUUCCAAAAUGUUUCCUGAAUCAGUAUCUAUAUAAUAGGACAUCGCCAGAACGAAGAAGUACACAUUAAUUGCAAUUUGACUAGUGGUUUCCUGAUGGGAGUUCAAACGUUUUCUAGUAGAUGACAUGAAUCCAGCACAUCAUAAUCUCAUAAAAAAACUUUCAGUUACGUUACAAGUGUACUUAGUAGCACUUGAUGGGCUAUUUAAAAAUCAUUUGUGUAUUGAACCCCCAACAUUGAUAUUGGUAUUGACAAACGAGUUUAAUCACUGCCAGCGUAAUUGUGUUGAGGUUUCUUGCUCAAAGACUCGGCGUCCUUUGCAUUUUAACCUUUUAAGACAUUUCUCGGUACACGGUGCCGCAUAUCUGCAAUAAAUCUAGUUAAUUCUCGUAUUAUGUACAUUUAUGUUUACAUGUUUGCAAUGUUUAUCUACAAUCAGUCUAAAGUAUUCCAACAUAUUAUAACAAAUGGAAGGUAUUUUGUGUAUAACACUUGCAACCAUCUGUAUAAUGUAAAUAUCUGGUAAAUCCAACACUGCUGAUUCGUACAAUGUGGACUGAUGAUUGAAUGCUUUACGACGUUUAAUGUAUUAAUAUAUACAUGUAUAUACAUAUAUAUAUUGCUAAAUUGAAAUGAUAUGUACGUGGUGUCAGAAAUAUUUUGUUGUACCUUGUUAUUGUAUUGAGAAACGGUAUCUAAUACUUUACUAUCAAUCACAACAUCUCGGUCCAUUCUGCCACGUUGUUGACUUAGAUGUUGCGUUUGACUUUAAUAUUAAUAUGAUUAUGAGUGAGAAUUGUGUGUCAUACCUCGUGUAAACACAUGAUUUUUUUUACAAUAGGACAAAUGUACUUUGUCUUUAUUAAAUUGUUAGUACGUUUUUUAUAAGUGUAACCAAAGACAAAGAUCUCACUAUGAUACCAUUAUAUGAGUUUGUAGUAAUCUUGUUAACACAACCAAGAAAAGCAUGUUGAGACUUAAUUUAAGUGCUAAUUAUUUAUUUGCCUUAGGCAUUUAUUUUUUCUCAUUUGAUACUUACAAACAUUCCACGUGACAUUCCAAAACUAUAUGCAUUGGGGGUAUUACGAAAAAAAACAAAAACAAAAAGAAAAACAAACACAAACACAAUUGCAGCCUGAUAACAACCUGUGUCACUUCGCUUUUGUAGCAUAAUUGUAGGUUGAUACCUACCGACUGACUCCAUAUAAUUGAAGGAAGUGUUUAUGUGUUGAAUUGGCUAUGUAAGAUCACUUUCCACAUAUCUUUGAAAAACACAUUAACUUUGUUUAUACAUGUUUCUGAAUAUGUGACUUAACAUAUAGUCCAUGCUCAUAUACGUAAUCACUUCAUUGCCACAUUUGUUUUUUGAAAGGGUAAUUAUUUGAAUCAAGAAAUUUAUACUAACUAAGUAGUGCUUUUCUUUUACCUGAGCAUAUACAGUUAUACAAAACAUGUUUAUUAGUGUUGUUAGUACUGUUCGUUUAUAUUGUGUUUUGUUUUUUAAACGUAUCAUUGUGUCAAAUUUCUUAACAAAUACUUUACUUUUUACCGUGUUAAGUUAAAUGUUUACAAUGUUGUUGCUUUUGUUUUAGUUACCUAUUUGAACAUUCCAUUGUUAUGUCUUUGACUGGUAUUUUUACUGAGGAUUCCUGUCAUUUUGACAACAUAGUUAAGAAUGCUUUGCAGAAAAUGCAGAAAAAUUCUUUGUCAUUAGUGCUGAAAUAUCCAUUUGAGUGAUGCAGGCCCUCUAGUCUCUUGUUAUAUUUGCAAUUAUACGCUUUAAAAAAAUAAAAUUUAAAACGUCA